AUGGCAUACGCGACGGAGACGAAGGUGUCCAGCAAACUUUAUGAUCAAAUAUGGUCAGCGAAUGAUUUGAAUCCUGAUCGUAUCACAACGGAGAUAAACAAAGUUUUUCGAUACAAUGAGACAGAAACAAAACGACAUAAUUAUUCGGAUAAUUAUUUUGAUUUAAACAAGACACAUGCAGAAGCGUCAGCUAGCUCAGGUGGUGGUGGAAUCGGAUUUGACGUCUUCGGAAUUGUUAGUGGCAACAUUGGAGGAAAUGGUGCAUCGUCUAAUACAUUGUCAAAUACACUGGCGACGACCAGUCAAUCAAUAUUCUCGGCCACGGAGAUCCAAUACCUAUUAACGCAAGACAGAAUUGAGGGUGAAUGGACAGGUGAAAAGUGGAUACCAAAAUCUUUCAACAUCUUCAGAUUGACCGAUAUCACCGAUCGUCUUCAAGUUGCCAUUAUUGCCAAACAAUUGAUUGCUGACAAGUCAAAUGGUGCAAUUAUCCGUCGAGUAAGCACGUUGACUCAACCAAUCUUGUCAACAAGUCAACGAGCUUUAUUAUUGACGGGAACAAUUCAAGCAUAUACCGGUGACUCAGCAACAAUACCAGAGCCUUGGCUAUUAUGCAACGGAUCGAAUAAAUCCCGUAUUGAAUAUCAAAGGUUAUUUUCUGUCAUUGGCGUCAAAUAUGGCCAAGGAGAUGGUUCGACAACGUUCAAUCUACCGGAUCUUCGUGGUCGAUUCCCUCUUGGCAUCGACGAGACAGAAAUACGUGUUAAUCAAGCCGCGCAAUUGGGUAUGGCGGGAGGGAAAAUGAGUCAUAAACUGCUGGAGGGAGAAUUACCGGCACACAAACAUGGAAGAGGUACCUUUAGUGCUGCAGCAGAUGGCGUGCAUUCACAUUCUAUCAACGAUCCUGGACACAGUCACGGUAGCACAGGAGAGGGUGGACAGUUUGGUGCUAGUAAAGAAGCCAUAUUAACGGACUGGAAAAACUUUCCAGAGGCUAAGUAUAUUGGAAAAGGCACUCAUUCGCACUACAUUAACUAUGGUACAACGCGUAUCAGUGUGAACUCGAAUGGUCAACAUACUCAUGGUAUUAAUGGUGAAUCAGAUCUAGCUGGCUCUGGGCAAGCCUUUCCGACAAUCUCACCCUAUCAGACUGUCCAUUACAUUAUUUAUACCGAAUAA